ACUCCGAUGUCUGCGUCGCGCCAGGGCGAUAAACAGCAAAUUGAACGCCUCCAAUUGAUAAUUGCUGAAAUUGUCAAGGAUGAGGAAAACAAAUAUUGUGCUGAUUGUGAUGCCAAGGGGCCUCGCUGGGCUUCGUGGAACCUAGGAGUCCUUUUGUGUAUCCGGUGCGCUGGAAUACACCGGGGCUUAGGUGUCCAUAUUUCUAAGGUGAAGUCUCUCAAUCUUGAUUCUUGGGAUAUUCACCAGGUUGCUAUGCUGAAAGAUGUUGGUAACCGGCGUGCCCGGCAAAUAUACGAAGCUAAUCUUCCUGAGUUUUUCCGUCGACCACAGACAGAUUCGGCUCUUGAGCAAUUCAUUCGAGCCAAGUAUGAACAAAGGAGAUAUGUUGCGUCUGAUUUCUCCCCUCCAAAACCUGAUGUCGAAUCUUUGAAAAAGGAACUCCUUCGCCUUGAACAGCAAAGUAAAAAGAGGGCAACUACUUCUAGGUUUGUGAACUUGCCCCUCCAGAAUGGUGAAGCUCUGAAACCCCAAGGUCGAACGCUCAAGUCCAUCGCGAAACCUGAUGGCAAUGAUGCCAGCGGGACAGCCGAUAUUCUCGGACUUUCUUCCUCUGCGAAGAACCAGGCUGACGGUGACGAUCUCUCUGCUUUAAAAGCCCCACAAAAUCCACCCGGAACCCCUCAACAGACCGCCAAGCCUGCGGCACCUGAACAUAACUCCUUCAGUGCCGAUCUCCUGGGAAUCAAUUUCGGUGAGGUGGUCCAGCCCUCCGGCGCUGCAACCGUUGACCCCGCGGCCUCCCUCGCAGGUGACUCGUCCCCGGGCGGCGGUGGCGGUGGUAGUGAGCAGCGCUCAACCAAGGAGUCAAUACUCGCCCUCUACGCGCUCUCCAAACCUCCGAUUUCUCAAGUCGGUGCCAGUGGAAGCGGACUAUUCCAACCGACACCUAAUCAACCCAAUGGUGGGUUUUUCUGGGUUUAA